UCAUAUUCAAGUGCUUCCCAAUUCCAAAAUGGCCGACCACAACUGCUCCUGGUGACGACAUACUUAGCGCCCUCAGUCGCCGCCUUAUGAGCUGGCUGUCACCUCGCAUGCCACGCCCCUAGAUUACUGUCAGUCCCUGGGGCUGCAACCAUGGCGGAUGAGAUCAGCAAAGCCCAGACAGCCCGUCCUGGUGGAGACACCAUAUUCGGGAAAAUAAUCCGCAAGGAAAUCCCGGCCAACGUUUUCUAUGAGGAUGAUCAAUGUAUCGCUUUCCACGAUAUCUCUCCACAAGCGCCAACACAUUUCCUAGUGGUGCCUAAGAAGGCCAUUAGCCGCGUUUCAGAAGCGGAGCCUGCUGAUGAAGCUCUCCUUGGACAUCUGAUGAUCGUUGGCAAAAAAUGCGCUGCUGAUCUAGGCCUGACGAAUGGCUACCGUCUGGUCGUAAAUGAAGGACCAGAUGGUGGCCAGUCUGUUUACCACCUUCACCUGCAUGUUCUUGGGGGACGUCAGCUGGGCUGGCCUCCAGGCUAAUGGCCUAUGGUGUACACCACACAAAUGGAGCUGUCCCAGUCUGUCCUGCGUUGUCUAAAUGUCAGCCCCAAUAAGUAGUCAUUUAUUUAGACAGGCGCUCAUCUGAUGUAUGUUGCAUUUAGCAUGGAAUAAAUAAAAAUGAUUUUGUUUAUUUCGGA